UCGUAGAAAGCAGAUUCCCUCUUAUGUUUUACCAGAUGGCUAUAAGCGAAGCCAAAUAGCAAGGGUAAUGAGUGGUCAGCUGGCAGAGAAACCAUCCUGCAACGGUAGUAUAUGCAGGUCAAGAUCUGGAGAAAGAGGGUUGAAAAGGAAAAAAGAGCUUGAAGGUUCAGAAGAGAAGCAACAGAGUCAGGACAAAAGACCAUCGGUUAGCCCUCCAAGAAGGGAUUCACUCUCACCUGAACUUAUUGUUGGUCAGAAAGGUGGCAUGUUCUUACAACAGUGUUCCUCGACAGUUUCUGGAGGGAAGAGAAAGAGUGAUGAAAUUUCAAAUAAUUUCCCCAGUGAUAAGAUGCAGUUUGCUAUUCUGGACAAAGAUGCCUGCGCUGAACCAAUUAAGUCACAAGGAGCACAAUGUGCUCAAAGCGCUGAUGGAUGUGUCCACCGUUCUAGUGGUGUCACAAACCUGGUUGAGGCUGGUACAUGUGAGGAUCCUGCGCAUGAAUUGCUCCAACUCAGCCAUGACGGUCAUCCAGUGGGCAGUACUGGUUGCAUCUCUCUCUAUUCCUCUCGGGGCGACUUAUACAGGGCCGAGUCCAAGUCACUAUCAAAUAAUGUAUGUGAAAAUGGUUCAAGAUCUUUUGGAGAUGCGUUGCUGGAGUUAGAGCCAAGAGCUCCGCGUGGAAUGUUAACAUCACUGGAUAGCAUUGGAUCAGAGCCUGCGCAGAAAUCUUCUAUAAGGUACAGUGUUACGUCAACAGCUUGAAAGAAGUGGAGCUUCAUUUGCGAAAGUCCAUGCUGGAAACAAUGCCAGUCGAGGGAUGAAAAGCCAGCUCAACGGGGUAAGUAUAAUGUUACUUGCUGGCUUUCAUUUCUCUAUGCUUCUUUUUUUCCAGGAGGCUUGCAUAUCUAAUAUUGGGAGUGAGCCUGAUACUUGGGUGGAGAGUUCCAGGUAGAAUAGUCCUGUGGACUCCUGUACAGUUCAGUUUAUGUAAAAAUACUAGGGACAGUGCUGGAGAAGAUUGAUCUUCCUACAUCAGUUCGAAUUGAUCUUUCUUUUCGUUUGGGGGUGGGGGUUUAUGGCUUUGCUGGAAUUAACGAGUAGAAAGCUAUGCUAUGUUGGGGCGGGUUAUGAGAAAGGUUAGGUGUGCUGGGUUUACUAGAAGGGGGAUUCACAGUACAUUUGUUCCUUGAAAUAGUUUUUGUAUACUCGAUUACAGUUAAUGACACCAUUUCAGUCUCUGCGUUUCUUGCUCCG